AUGUUUAACACCGGCGCCACACCGCAGCCAUUAUCGCCAACGGUUUCUAUAGAUUCUAUCGAGGACAACGCUAUUGCACCUUCCCAACAUUCCCCAACUAUUCCAUCUUCAUCUGCUAGCCUCGCGGCAUAUUUGGUUGAUCCUUCCCUUUUUACCUAUACUUCCGCUAUCCAUACCAUUUUAGUUCUCCUUUAUGUUAAUGAUAUUGUUCUUAUCAAAGAUAGCUUGGUCGUAUUGACUGCACUCAUUCAGGAUUUGAGCCGUCGUUUUGCCAUGAAGGAUCUUGGAGACUUGCACUAUUUUCUGGGUAUUGAGGUUCAGCGCUCCUGUACUGGCCUAUUUCUAUCCCAACAGAAAUAUGCUUCUGAUCUUCUCACCAAAGCUCUUAUGCAUCAAAGCAAGCCGAUUGCCACUCCUCUACCCUCCAAACUACAAGAUUGGCAUGGGUCACUACCUUACUAUAAUCCAACCUUUUAUCGCAAUCUGGUUGGUGGCUUGCAAUAUCUUACACUGACUCAUCCUGAUCUUACACUCGCUGUGAAUUUGGUUAGUCAACAUAUGUCCUCUCCAACAGUUGUCGACUUUGCUCAUCUAAAACCCAUUAUUCGCUAUUUGGCUGGCUCCCUCGAUCGUGGCAUUCGCAUCUUGGCCUUUAGUUUAUUGCAACUUUAUGCCUUCUCUGAUGUCGAUUGGGCUGGGUGCAAAGACACUCGUCGGUCAACCACUGGAUAUUGUGUAUUUCUAGGCUCCAAUUGUGUUUCAUGGAGUGCUAAAAAGCAGCCCACAGUUGCUCACUCCUUUGUGGAGGCUGAAUAUUGCGCCCUUGCUUCCACCUCUACUGAGCUUACAUGGAUCUUUCUUAUGUUACGUGAUAUCGGGUUCUCACAACCACAUCCAGCCAUUCUUUUCUCCGACAAUGUCUCUUCUCUUCACCUUACUAUGAAUCAUGUGUUUCAUGCCCGAACAUAG